AUGUCAGAUGUGUUUUCCAUAUUUAAAAGAAAAAGAAAUAAAAAAGCCAAAUUAUGUAAAACAUCAAUAAAAAAAAGCAAAAGAAGAAUUUUUAUGAGCGAAAAAUCACGUCGGAAGGCAUAUGUGACUAAUAGAGUUCAUAGCAAUAGUAAAGCUAGUAAUUAUAAAAACAAUAGUAGUGAAUAUAAAAAAGCAGGAGGAGGAGGAGGAAGUAAUAAGAGUGUAGGAAAUGAGAGUAAUUUCCAUUUUAAUGAAAUAUCAUUUACUAAAUUGGGAUCCAUCGAAUUAGCUAAUAACGAAUCGAAUGUAGUUCUGGAAAAUUUUCCAAAACUUCCAAUUAAGAAUAUAGAGUCAUGUGAAGAAGUUUACAAUAUUUUCUAUAUAAGAGAUCAAUACCUAAUUGGAAAUAAGAAUAUAAAAAUAAACAAUGAUCAUUUGAUAUUACUUGAGACAAUUUUAGAUAAACUGGACUCAGCGAUAUCUGAAUUAGAUUCAGAAGAAAAUUAUUCAACAAAAAAAAUAUUAACAAGUGUGUAUGAAAAAAUAUACAAUCUGUAUAGAAGUUUUAAAGGUAUGAAGAAUUUCCCUCCACAAUUAUCCAAUGCAUAUAAUUGCUUUCAAAGUAAUGUCUUGUUUGUUAAAGGAAAACAAUUUAAGAAAAAUUACGUCUUCGAUAAUUUGAUUAAUAUAUAUACUUACUUACAAAACAGUGAAUUGCAGCAAGAUAAUAUUGAAACUAUUAAUCAAGCUCUAUACAUAAAUGAUAAAAAUAUUUCUGCACCUUCUUUUAUAAAUAAAAAUAUUCUGUCAUCCAGUAAGCAUGUAGAAGAACACAUUGAAUAUUUGCCAAUGAAAUUCAAUCCACAUUUUCUAGAAUUAAAUAAAAUAUCUAUUUAUUAUUUAUUUGAAGAAUCUAUUAAUCAUAUAAUAUGGCAGAAAGCUUUAGAUGAAUUAAUUGUUGUUAAGGCUCUCGCUGAUAUUCCAUACUUGGAUCUUUCUGAGGUGGAAGGUUUCGAUUUUAAAAAAAUGAAAUCUGGACAAAGACAAUGGUAUCCCCUCUACAUAGCCAAAGAGUUAAGUGAAGAAGGACUAGCAACAGUUGAAUUCCCUUUUUGGUUCUACAUAGAUAAUUUAAAAAAUAUAUACAAAAAGGAAUUUGAAGACAUGUAUGAACUCACUGAUUUACCUAGUCCAUUCUUUUUUGAAAUAUCUUCUAUGUUUCUUGAAAACAACUCCUUUAAAAAUUCCACUCCGAUAGAAACCAUUGGCCAACGUACUCCUUACAAAUACAUUCUAAAAGUGGCAGGUCUAAUCCAAGACAUAAGACAAAAGCGUAUACACAAGAUUAUGAACAAAUUUAAAAACUGCGACAUUUUUUCAGAAAUAUUAAUUAUCAAUAACAUUCAAAUUUACGAGACUUAUUGUGUAAAUUACUUGGCUUCUGUUUUUUUUCAAAAUAAAAAUUCAACAAAUUCUAUUGCUGAAAAUUUUGAUGUGCGCAACUACCUCUUUGAUCCAUUUGUUUUUAGUACUUGA